AUGCUCAAACAUGUAAGCGAGUGUGUUCAUGAGGUAGCCUCAGAGACAAACAAGGACAGGGAUCUGAAUGUCUAUCACUGCCCUCAGGACGCAGAGCAGACCUGGAGCGUCCAGGACGUGUGGUGGAGCUGGGCGCUCACAGGAAACUCUCUUCCAGGGCUGUGCUGGGGCCCGUGGAACCAGGGACAGCCAGAGGUUCUCCCCAAACCCUCCAUCUGGGCUGACCCGGGCACCAUGGUCGCCCAGGGGAGCCCGGUGACCAUCUGGUGUCAGGGGUCUCUGCUGGCAGAUGUCUACCGUCUGUAUAAAGAGAGCGGCUCUGGAUCCUGGGAGGCUCAGGCCCCUCAGGGCUCCAGGAACAAGGCCGGUUCCACUUUGAAUACACGAGCUCAAGUUAUGCCGGGCAGUAUCAGUGUGCAUAUCGCAGCAGGAACCGCUGGUCAGAGCGGAGUGACCCCCUGCCCCUGGUGGUGUACAGAAAAACCCUCCCUGUCCGCCCAGCCCGGCUCGCUCGUGCUCCCCGGAGACAACCUGACCCUCCGGUGUGGCUCAGAGGCCGGCUUUGGCAGCUUCGCUCUGACCAAGGUCGAGCAGCUCAGCCCGCCCUGCCGCCUAGAAGGGCAGCAGAGCCCCGACUUCCCCCUGGGCCGUGUGAGCCGCGCCCACGGGGGCCGGUACAGAUGCUACAGCGGGCACAGCCUCUCCCACGCGUGGUCUGCCCCCAGCGCCCCCCUGGACAUCCUGGUCGCGGGAAUGCACAGGAAACCCUCCCUCUCCGCCCACCCGGGGGCCUCAGUGCCCCAGGGAGAGAAUGUGACCCUACAGUGUCGCUCUGAGGUCCGCUCAGACACCUUCCAUCUGUCCAAGGAGGGCUCGCUCGCUCCUCCCCAGCACCUGCGUCUGCAGGACACGGCUCCGCCCGUCCAGGCCAACUUCUCCCUGAGAGCUGUGACCUCGGCCCACGGUGGGACCUACAGGUGCUACAGCUCACAGAGCACCGCCCCCCACCUGCUGUCGCUCCCCAGCGACCCCCUGGAGCUCCUGGUCUCGGAUGAGGAGCCCCCUGCCCAUACCCACUGA